UCUGCGAAUGAUAGGAUCUUCUCUUAUCAACCUGAGAUCACGAACACAGGUUAGAAUGAGUCGGACGUUGUGUCCGACCACACUCCGAUGCCUAAGUCAGAUACCUUGUAAGGUUCAAUGAUAAAUGACGUAGUUUAAAGAGAAUGAAUUAGGGUUUACCUUUGGUCUUCGGUCUACUUAUAUAGAAUCCUUUCUCAGUAAUUGACUCGAGGUCAUCUUCUUGUGAUUGUGUUUAAUUCGGACUCAUGCUGGAAAAUAGGGAUUUAAGUCAAUCCCAAUCUUUCCGGAUUCCCAAGAUCAUAUCAGCUAGGAUCUGCGUCUACUGACUAAUGACAGCUGUUUGGUAUCUGCUGUCUACUAUACUCAUUUGACUAUAUGCACUGGGGUCAACUGCGUAUCCAUCAUUAGCCCCUCCCCUCUUUAUUCCGUAGCGCAACUAUUUAUGGUUGUUCUGAAGCACUACCCGGGUAAUUUAAAUGCAAGGUAACCUUAGUUACGAAGUAAUCAUUCUUUCCUCAUGCCACGUGGCUCACUUUUUGAAAUUUCAAAAUUUUGAAAAUCAAAAUAAUAUCCGUCCGUUCCGUUCCUCAUGCUUUCUCCCAUCUCCACGUGUCCUUUUUUACCUUUCCUUAUAACUGCUUCUCUUCCUUCUCUCUCCCAUUACUUCUUUCCUUUUAACGAGUUUCUGUUUUCUUUUUUCUUGCAAAUUUCUACUUUCUUCUUUCUUUCUUUUUUGUGGCGAUCGUCCUCUCCAUUUUUACCAGGUAUUUUCUUUCUCCUUUUUAUUUUUAUUUUCUUCGUAUCAUGACUCGCACCCGUUCUAGUGUUGCCACUCCUUCUUCUGGGACCACUGUAGAUUACCGUAGGGAUUUAAUUGAGUUUACCUCUAAAAUUGAUGAUAGCAUGCUUACUGGUAUACGCGAGACAUACGACAUUCCUUUUGAUUACACCUUGCAUUCCUGUGAUCCCUCCUUUAGUGCCAACUAUCGUCCUGAAACCGAUCGUAUUGUUGUUUACAAAGAACAGUUUCGAGGUGGACUUCGUUUUCCCCUCACUCCUUUCCUUCACGGUUUCGUUCUUACCCACAAAAUACCUCUAGGACAAAUUCAUCCAAAUGCAAUCCGGUUGCUGUGUGCGUUUGCUGAACUGGUUCACCAGAAAGGUCUAAUUCCCACCUUAGGUUUAGUGGCCGAAGUGUUCAAUGUUUCCCGGCGAGCCAACGAAUUUUACCUUUAUCUUCCUUUUGUUCGUGGCAAGCGUCUGCUUGCUGGUCUUCCUAAACUCAAUAAGGGUUGGCAAAAUUUGUUCUUCUGUGUUGGUCAUCAAAAUGCCUUUGCUUCCUUUCCCCUUAUUUGGUUGGACAAACCUUUGCCAAUUUCUGUUACUAAACCUCCGAAGAAAGAUCUAUUUCUUCUGGAACAGCUUAUUGGUGCUGCGCGCCUCAAAUGCUUCAGUGCUCCUGACCUUGUUAACAAUUACUUGGCCCGCUUGUUUCCUGAGUAUGCUCCCCUUGUGGACGAUUCUGGUGGAUCCCCAGAUCCUAGUGCGGGUAGCCAAUCUCUUUCUCACGAACCUACCGAAUCUGCGUCACUUAUGGAUCUAAGUUCUUCUGAAAAGGAAAUGAACUACCUAGAUGACAUCAAGAUUGUUGUGGAGGAGUUGCCUGGUGUGACACCUUCUGCGUCUGCUCUUGCUUCCUCUACUCCAACUGCGUCUGGGGGCUCUCAGACAAUGCCUGCGUCGCGAUCUGCGCUGAACAAACCUCCUAUGAAGAAAGGGGAUUCUUCCUCCAGAAAGGUGCCUGAGCCCUCUACCCGAUUGAAACAGGCGUCUGCGAAACGCCGGAAGCUUGACUUGGAUUUGUGUCCUGAUCCCCGUGCCUGGAUUGAAGAGCACUUCGGAUCUGCGUCCAUUCAUGACGCGGAGGUGUCUGGUCUGUACUCCCAGUUUCUUCAGUUGAGUGGAGAUAUGGAUGCGUGGAGGCAGGUGCCUGUUGAUGACAUUUUUGAUAAAUUUGAUGCUUCCUUGCUGCAUGUGGUUCAAGGCGUCUCUUUUCUGCGUCAGCAGAAGGAUCACCUGACGGAAAAGUAUGAACGAGAGCUUGCGUCUCUGCGACAAUCUGCGCAGGCGGAAACGCAGAAGCUGAAAAACUCUCUCCAGGUGGCUGUUGACAAAGGCAAAAUCCUGGAGCGAAAAGUUGCUGAUCGUGACGCUUCUCUGUUGGAGGUGCAACGGGUCCGUGAUAGGUUGCUGUCUGAGCAAAAAGAGAAUAGAAAAGAUGUGAAUGCCUACAUUUCUGGCUGUUUAACCGACUUCUGUGCUACUGCUGUCGGGGUGGUUCGUCAAGACUAUCCUGACUACGACAUUGGGAAGUUCUUAGCCAUUGACCUCCGUGCCUUGGGUCAGCGUGUCAUGGCGAAGACAGCUGCUAAGAAGAAGUUGUCUGUAGAUGCUUCUACGGAGAAGAGGGUUGCUUCUGCGCCUCUAACGCCGCGUUCAACGUCUGGGGCCACAUCAACUUCUGAUGAAGGAUUGGUAUUCGACAAGCCUCCUCUUUCUGAGACCGCGGCCCUUAAGAGCGCAGAUGAUGUUGAAAAGGAGGUUGCCGAAGAGCUCCCUACAGCUGACUCUUCUAUUUUGGUUGAGCGUCCUUCUGAAGUUAUUCCUGAAGAUGCCCUUGGCGUGGAUGAUGUUCCUGAGAAAAUGCUGUCUGCUGGAGAAGGAGAUGCUUCUGUCACAGAGACUGCACCUUCUGCGGAGGAAGUGGUGUAG